AUGGCAGAUUCUAAGCUCCACGAUCUCGCGAAGUCGGACUCGGCCGGAUUGAAAAAAGAUAUCGCUUCUAGCGACAGGAAUAGCAACGAUGUCGAAUGCCGUAUGGUUGUCCCUGAAGAUUCGACGGCAGAUCUCAUCGAUCCCGCUGCGGAGAGGGCGCUUUGUCGCAAAUUCGACUUACGUUUACUACCGAUUCUAGCUACAAUGUAUCUGUUUAACGCUCUUGAUAAAGGCAACCUGGGAAAUGCGCAGACUGCCGGACUAUCUAAAGACUUGAACUUCAAAACGGGACAGUACAACCAAAUAGUCGGAAUAUUCUUCGUCCCCUAUGUCCUCUUUGCGCCACCGCUCGCCAUGCUAGGCAAGAAGUUCGGCCCAGCUCGCAUCCUCCCCCUUCUAAUGUUCUGCUUCGGCUCGCUUACGCUCCUCACCGCGGCGGCGAAAAGCUUUAGCGGCAUAUUCGCUCUCCGAUGGUUUCUGGGCAUGGCUGAGUCGGGCUUCUUCCCUCUCGUUAUCUAUUACCAGACAACCUUUUAUCGACGUGGUGAGCUCGCGCGCCGUCUUGCUAUCUUCUACGCCGCUUCCAACAUAGCGAACGCUUUCAGUGGGCUCCUUGCUUUCGGCGUCUUCCAGAUCAAAUCGACGCUCGUAGACCAUCCCUGGCGAUGGCUCUUUAUCGUUGAGGGCAGUGUCACGGUGUGCUUUUCGAUAUUCGCCUUUUUUUACUUGCCCCGAACCGCGGCCGAGGCCCGAUUCUUAAACGAAGAAGAGAAAGCACUUGCAUACCGCCGUAUACAAAUCGACAGCUCCUCCAUAGUUAACGAGAAGUUCGUUCUGAAGGAAGCUCUUAAGAUAUUUAAGAGACCGACGACUUACGGCUUCCUGGCCACGGAGAUAUGUCUUGGUGUUCCUUUGCAGGCAGUAGGUUUAUUCUUGCCUCAGAUAGUUCAGCGGCUAGUUAGCAACACGGUUACGAUCAACCUGUAUACCGUUGCCCCUAAUAUUACUGGUGCGGUCAUGCUACUAGUGCUUGCCUUUGCGUCUGAUCACCUGAGAAUCCGGUUCCCCUUUGUAUGUCUCGGUUUCGCGUUUACGUUCAUCGGAUUUAUUAUAUUCGCUGCGAUCUCGGAUGUUCAUGCGCAGAUACGAGUGGCUUAUUUCGCGACCUUCAUGAUGUGCUGGGGAACCUCGGCACCAUCUGUCCUAUUAAGCACUUGGUAUAACAACAAUAUAGCGCACGAAGGUGAACGUCUAACGUUGACCUCGGUUGGGGUUCCCCUAGCAAAUCUCAUGGGACUGGUAUCCAGUAACGUCUUCCAAGAGAAAGAUGCGCCCAAGUACUUACCUGCUCUAAUCACAACUGCUUGUUUUGGUGCCACUGGAUGCCUUGUUGCGGGAUCCCUAGGUCUUUACAUGCUAUGGGACAAUAACCGCCGCAAUCGCCAACAGGGUGUGAAUCUCACCGCGAAAGACAUACCAACACUAAAACUGAGAGAUGGUCCCAAAGUCGAAGAGUUUAGAUGGUUCUUAUGA